CGGGAUCGGAUACUGACUACCACUUCACUUCACCUUGGCAGGAGCCAACACACCCGCCUGAAGCAGUGAAGUCAAGAGCAAGAUGGGAAGUGACAUGUAAAGGCUGGUUCGAAAAGAGUUUUUCGGAAAUCCCAGCAGUAACGCCCAGCUGAGCCGAACACAAGCAGCGCUAGGGGAAGAAUAUCUGAGUUAAAUGAAUGGCGUCUUUCAUCAUCAUCUCCAAGAGCGGCUCGACGUCAGCGAUGCGGGACUCGCGAGCAGCGGAGGAUCAGCGCGCCUGAAGCGGAAAUCACCGAGAGCUUUCCAGGGUCCUGAAAACGCGCCGCGCCAUGGGUAUACGACACUUUCUGCUGCUGCUCAUUUAUCUGGACCCCCUCAACGUGUUUGGCACCCUGACUGCCAAACGAGCCAAACCUGCUCCCAAAAGGACUCCGAAGCCGAAGGAACUGAACGGCACCACUGUCGCGCCUUCCGCGUCCACGCAGCGGAUCACGCAGGUCCGUUCGGCACUGACGCACGAGACAUGCCUGGGCUACUACGACGUGAGCGGACAGUUCGACAAGGAGUUCGAGUGCAAUAAUACCCACCACCGCUACUGCUGCGGCUCGUGUUACUUGAGAUUCUGUUGCCAGUUUAAAGGCAACCGGUUGGAGCAGAGAACUUGCAAGAACUACCACAAGCCUGACUGGGUGAAAACUGUGCCCACGUCCCCGGUUCCAACAGGGGACACUUACGAUCCGAGCAUGGACCAAACGAGCACUGCGGUCUACAUUACCUGCGGUGUCAUUGCUUUUAUUAUAGUCCUUGGGGUUUCAACUAAAGUCGCAUAUGACAAAGCAACCCAACCACCUCAGGAAAUGAACAUUCACAGAGCUCUAGCAGAUAUACUUAGACAACAAGGACCCAUUCCUAUAUCUCAGUAUGACUGUGAGAGCUUUGCGGCGAUGAACAGCUCAUCCAAAGACAACACUCUACAGCGCACAGGUUCCAAAAACCACUACACCCCUGUCCACAGCUCCAAAUCCAAUCACGGAGCACAUUACUCGAAGGAGAGCAGUCGACGCGGUGGCCAUGACCUUCACAACUUCAUCACGUCUGGCUUUGUGACACUUGGCCGGAGCCACGAAAAAGGGGAGAAGCACUGGCCGGUUCGGUCUCAGAGUCAUCAUGGAGCCCAUCAACAUAAUUACAACCAUCUUGUUCUCAGUAGCCCAACUCGAACACCUAAAAAUGCUCACAGAUCUCUAAGGCAUGAGAGCACCCGGAUGAACAAUAUCCUCACCUCACAAACCGAGCCGUACGACCUAUCCUUCUCACGCUCCUUCCAGAGCCUAUCCCACCUACCCCCAUCCUACGAAUCUGCUGUGAAAGCUGACCUCAACAAAUGCUCCUCACUCAAGAGACUAACAGAUAAGGAUGGUGAUGACUACUACAGCCGGAAAAGGCAUCUUCCAGACCUAGCAGCACAAGAAACUCUUCCCUUGCACAUAAUCAAGAUUAACCAGGAGUCCCAGAGCAGCCAGCAGCAGCAAACGCCCUGCCAGCGUCCCCGCAGGGUUCAGAGGGCCAUGUCCCAGGACCGCGUACUGUCCCCCGAGCGCAGCCAUGCAAACGACUACCCCAUGUCUCCCUACAGCAUCUCCCCAUAUGGUGGUCGCAUCAUCUCUGAUGAGCAGCUCCUGUCAGCUGAGCGCCUGCGCUCCCACGAGCGGCUCAUCUCACAAGAACGCCACAACUCCCAGGACCGCAUCCACACACAGGACCACUUGAUGUCACAGGAGCGCCUUCACUCUCAGGAACGCCUGCAUUCCCAGGACCGCUUCUAUUCCCAAGACCGCCUCUACUCACUGGACCGCCUUCACUCCAAGGAUCCGCUGAUCUCCCCUGACAAGAUGAUGUCAAUCAAGCGCUCCGGGUUCCACAGCGACAAGUCCAUGUCCAGAGCCAUAUCCCACACGGACGUGUUUAUGCCCACCACACCCAUCCUGGACCACUACAAGAUGACAAAAAUGCACUCACAUCCCAGUGCCUCGAACAACACCCCACAGAACUCUGCAACCAUGAACCAGACGGCCUCCAAGAGGCAGGUCUUUGCCUCACGCCGAACGCAAACGGUGGAGCAGCUGCACUACGUCCCACAGCAGCAUCACCAUCACUACCGCACAGGGAGCAAGACCGAAGUAACUGUUUAACCGCUUGCAAACUUGUGGACAGU